AAUUCAUUUUGAAAUGAAAUAUUUUUGUGUUUGGUAUUUAAAAGAAUUCAUUUUCAAUUCUAAAUUUUGAAUUCUACGGGAUUGGAGCUAGUUAUAACAAUUCCGAGAAAUUGAGAUGAAAUUUUCAAAUGAAUUCCACAAGUAUUUACCAAUUAUGAUAAAAUGACAUAAUUAUUCUCAUUUAUUAACAAAAAUUACUUCUGCAUAUAUUAUUUGGCGCCGAUUCAUGCAGUAUGAGGAACGUCGACAAGAAUUUGACUGUAACACUAAUAGCAUAUACCAAACACAUGAAUUCAUUUUAAAACGAAUUGAAUUCUAGAUUCAUUUGAUACCAAACGGUACGAAACGCCUUCCUGAAACAAUGAACAUGAAAGUCCGGCCCCAUAUCAUAAAUGGAUUCUCGCCUACCACUUUUCCGACCAUUUAAUAACCAUCCUUCUCAGUCUCCCUUAUUAAUGCAAUUUUAUUACAACUGUAUCUGAAUCUCUAUCAUUCUCAAAGCGUUGAACAUCAAUCCCAAAGCUCCAUCUCCACUGGCCACUGCAGUCUCUUGAUCCCAUCCCGCGUCUCAUUCAAUUUAUAAUUCACAUCACUCCACUCUCCUCAGCACCCUCUCCCUUUCUCUACCAUGUCCCCCGCCGAUCCGCCGGUCUCGGCCGCCGGCGUCGGCCUCGGCUACGGCAUCGCCAUCGCCGUCAGCUUCCUCGUCCUCAUCUCCACCAUUAUGCUCGCUUCCUACAUUUGCGUCAGGCUCAAGACCAGCAGCGGCGGCGGCCGAAGUUCUAGAGACCACAACGACGACGACGCCGCCGUCAGCGAUUACCGGUACCAGCUCCACCACCAUCUCCGCCGCGACAACUCCUCGUCGGAGGCGGCGGUUGAGUUCGUGGUCGGGCUGGAUCCGAAGUCGAUCGAGUCCCUGCCCAAGAUUCUGUUGGGGGAGAGCAAGCGGCUGCCCAGGCCCAACAGCGGCGGCCCAUGCUCCAUCUGCUUGUCCGAUUACCGGCCCAAGGAUACGCUGCGGUGCAUUCCGGAGUGCAACCACUGCUUCCACGCUCGCUGCGUUGACGAGUGGCUCCGGAUGACCGCCACGUGUCCUCUAUGCCGGACAUCUCCCGCCCCGUCCCCAGGUCCGACCCCGGUGGCUUCUCCGUUGUCGGAGCUGGUGCCGCUCGCCGUUCAUGUCGUUAGGUGGAAAGCUUCAGCAGACAUCUCAACAAAGAGCCAGCGCAGAAUGCCUGCCCUACUAAUAUAUGUUUGGGUGGGCAUUCGGUCGGGAAUGAGUUCCCCUAGCAAGGGGAGAGUCACUCGGGAAUGAGUCCCCCUAGCUUCUUAGUUAGGUCACAGUUGUAAUUAUCCUGGGUUGAUUAACUGUUCCUGCGGAAGAUCCGACAGUAGUUUGGAAUCUUUUAACCUGACCAAGCCCUCUCAGUCCAACUACUCGGCAGACGACUAGUCUUCACCGGGAUAGAAAGCUGAGGCUAUGAACACAGAACUCCACUACUGGAAUUGGAUUCCAGUACAAAGCAGUAAAUCGAUUAACUCUCGUAUAAUCAAUCUACCACUACCGAUUGAUGAAGCUCUAACAACCUAAUCAGAUUCUAUCUAUCUCAGGUGUAGCAGAAAUCAAGAAAAGAUGAUCAACCUUCAAUUGACUCAAUGAAUCAUGCAUCAAUCGAUUAAAAUCAAUCAGUAUAACAAUACCUAGUCAUUACAAUCAAGAUCCCUAGCACAUGGAACUAGGGUUCUUCAUACCCAAGUGAGAGAGGGUUCUACUCCAUAGAGAGAGGAAAACAGAAAUCAGAGUAGUCAUACUCAUAAAGAUGAGGAAAAUCUGCUCUGGGAUGAUGAUCUUCACUCCUAUGAUGAUCUCCAAGCUCGAUUGAUGAAACCCAACUCCAAAAUCACCUCUAGGAUGUGUUCUUCGCACUUUCUUUCUCUAGGGCUCUGUUUUUCGCUCAAAAACUCGAUUCCCAUUCCUUUGACUUGAAACUGCCUCAAAAACCCAAUUAUUGGCAAAACACGAUCGAGGGCACGGCCGUGUUUUUCUUUUGCCCGUUCGUGCCCUCGUCACUUGUUAAAAACACGCCCGCGUCGGCCAAAACACGGUCGUGCCUAAAGAAUGACACGGGCGUGUUUUGCUUCACUUCCGCCCGUGUUUUGGACUUCGCAGCAGCUCCCAAAAAUCAACCCUCGGCAUAAAUAACACGGUCUGAAACACGGCCGUGUUUUUCUUUAGGCCACCCCGUGUUUUGUUUCUUCAUCAGUUCAGCUCUCGCACUAAAAAACAUUGGCGUGCUCGUUCGUGUACACGGCCGUGUUCUUCAGGCCUCCUGCCCGUGUUUUGCCCCCAGCUCAACCGAAUGACCUCCAAACGCCCCGAAUCUCGUGCUUAGCCUUUCCUUCGACGUCUGGGACCUGAAAUAUGACAAAGUAGCACAACCCAGCGUAAAAUGGGCCAAAAAUACAUGACUACGAGCCGCAAACGGAUAAGAACUAAGGGUGCAAACAUGUGCAAAUACAUCGUUAUCACCGACGCUGCUCUCACCUCUCCCACUUCCUCAUCUUCCUUCUCCCCUCUCCCGCCAUAACACUAGAGAUCUGGUUCAAUCAGCCAUUGACGGCUCCUCUGGAGUUCGCGCUCCAUUCCUUCCGUCGCCAGCUCGCCCAUCUAGAACAACGCUUCUUCUAUACCUACUCUCUCGCCCCAAAUCUGUUCUUCUCUGACUCCACCAGUCAUUGAGAUCUCUCGGCGUGUGGAGACGGGGCGGACAUAGCCGGCGGCAGGACGGGGACGAUGAAGAGGGAGAUUGGAUCUAGAAUCGGGAAGCUCUUUUCGACAUGCAUGUGGGAGAGAGCGAUCGAGUGAUGGUGAUCAGUUAUGGGUCAUGGGAGGGUGACGACGUGAGGGAUGAGGGGAGGGAGGGAGAGGGUUUGAGUUCCGCCGAGAGAGCCGAUCGAUGAGGUGAGAGAGAGCGGCAUAAGAGAGUGUUAUGUUUGUUUUAUUUGAGUGAGAGAGCGGCGGACAGAAGGUUAUGGAUUAUUGCAAUUUAGGGUUUUAUUUUGUUGGGUCUUUCUUUGGGAAAACAACAGCAAAUGUUUGGGCUUGGCCCACCCAGCAGUUUAAGCCUUUACUAUUUCAUUGGGUCAGGGUAGGGGUGGAAUUAAUUAGGGUGUGUUUC